AAGCGUCGCACCUUUUAAUUCGAUUCUUCGUUCCUCGAUGUCUCACGGUCGGAUCUCGAGCGAGAUGAGUUUCCAAUCGUUGAUCGCCAAUUCGAAAGAUCUACAAAACAGCGAUGGAUCAGAUUACAUCGUCAAUCCCCAUCACAUUCCCUGUCCGAGGUACGACGAAGCUUACAAGGAAUCCUUGGAGAAUCCUGAACGUUUUUGGGGAGAAGUGGCGCGGUGCAUAGAUUGGAGCAAACCUUGGGACAAGGUGCUGGAUAACUCUAAACAACCGUUUACGAAAUGGUUCGUAGGCGGAGAAUUGAACGCCUGUUACAAUGCGGUGGAUCGACACGUUCUCGCUGGAAAUGGGGACAAAGUGGCAUUGAUUCACGACAGUCCUCAAAUAUCGACGAUUCGCAAAGUAACGUACAACGAGCUUUUGGACAAAACGUCCCUGUUGGCUGGAGCGCUGGCCGAUAUGGGCGUGGGCGAGGGCGACGCGGUCAUCAUCUACAUGCCCUUGAUUCCCGAAACUAUAAUAGCGAUUUUGGCGACUACGCGACUCGGCGCGGUUCACUCCGUCGUAUUUGGCGGAUUCGCGGCGAACGAAUUGGCCGUCAGAAUAAAUCACGCGAAGCCAAAGGUGGUGAUCGCGGCCAGCUGUGGCCUGGAACCGUCGAAAAUCGUCAAAUACACCGACAUGUUAAACAGCGCUAUGAAGAUUAUCUCGGUGAAGAGGCCACGAUGCAUCGUAUUUCAAAGAAGAAACAUCUGGCAGAGUGCUCUUUCGGAGGAUCAGUACGAUUGGGACGACGUGAUGGAUAGAUCGAAACCUCGUGCGUGUCAGCCUGUCGAGGCAAACGCGCCAUUGUACAUUCUGUACACCUCGGGAACAACAGGUCAACCGAAAGGGAUUUUGAGAUCGGUCGGUGGCCAUUUGGUUGCCGUUUGUUGGACGAUGAAAACAGUUUAUGGUAUGGACAAGGAUUCCGUUUGGUGGGUAGCCUCGGAUAUGGGAUGGGUGGUCGGACAUUCUUACAUCUGUUACGGACCUCUGCUCUAUGGUGCCACCAGCGUGAUGUACGAGGGAAAACCCGAUAGGACACCGGAUGCAGCGCAAUACUUUAGGGUGAUCGAUCAGCACCGUGUGAACGCAUUGUUUUGCGUGCCCACUGCGCUGCGCGUUAUAAGACGCGUCGAUCCGGAUCUGUUGCUGGGUCGAAAAUAUUCCAUGCAGUGUUUGAAGACCGUAUUCGUUGCUGGAGAAUUCUGCGACUACAAGACGAAAACGUGGGCAGAGAAAGCGUUCAAGGUACCGAUUCUCAACAAUUGGUGGCAAUCGGAAACUGGACACCCUAUUACGGCAUUGUGUCUCGAUUACGGGCACAAUCCUGGUUUACCGAAAUAUAGUACCGGUCUUCCGAUUCCCGGCUAUCAUAUCGACAUACUACGAGAAAACAGCAGCGAGGCGGAAGCGCGUGAAUUAGGUAGAAUCGCCAUAAAAUUACCAUUACCGCCCGGCUGCAUAUCCACGCUCUACCAAGACGACGACAGAUUCGAGGAAAUAUAUUUUUCCACGUAUCCAGGUUACUACGACACCAUGGACGUUGGCUAUAAAGACGAAUUCGGCUACGUUUAUGUGAUGGCACGCGACGAUGACGUUAUCAACGUUGCCGGCCACAGAUUAUCCACCUCCGCCCUCGAGGACGUCGUGUUGGCUCAUCCAGAUAUCGUAGACGCGGCUGUAGUCGGCGUUCCAGAUCCGACCAAAGGAGAAAUACCUUUGUGUCUUUAUAUAAUGAAAGAAGAAGCGAUGAGAAACGAAAAACAGAUUAACGAGGAAUUGGUGGCGCGAGUAAGAAACUUGAUCGGUCCCAUAGCAUCUUUUAAAACAGCUGCAGCCGUGAGAGCGUUACCUCGAACACGUUCGGGAAAAUUGAUUCGUAAAUCUAUCGCUAAUUUAGCUCGAUCGAAGCUGGUAAAGAUUUCAAGUACAGUGGAAGAUGCAUCGGUAUACGUCGAAAUCAAGGAAGUACUUCGGAAACUCGGUUACGCUAAAUUAGCACCGGAUCCUCAAUAAUAAGUGUAAUUAAGCUUUUACCAUUUUUAUUAUAAAUGUUUCAAUAAUCAUAUAUAAAAUGUAAUAAACCUACGUAUGGCAUAUAGUUGACACGCAUAGAAGAGCGUCUUGACAAAAUCACACGUGGAAAAACUCGAUUUGAUAAUUACUUUAGUCGAUUGCACUAAAAUUGUCGAGUUCGCCAUAACAGUAAAUAAACUCGAAAUUUCAGCAACUUGUGUAAUCUGCAUCGCCGUUAGGCCUUUGCUGUAAUUAUAUAAUUUACUUGGACAACGAAUGUAAUAUACUUUAAAUUAUAAAAAAUCAUACGGGAACAGAUAUUUCGUAUGAUAGAAAAAGAAAACUAUUUCUAUUAAAUAUAUCACCGCCUUCCUUUCACCGUAAUAUGUUUCAUGCUGUCGCUUCUACUUUGUAUUACUGAAAUUAUGGUGAGUAAGAAAAAAAAAAAAAGAAAAGAAAAA